ACAAAGGCUCAACAUUUCGAUCUUAAUGUGUAUGUCACAUUUUGAAGUUAUUUCAAUUAGACCAGAGAAAAGUUUAGCUGCAAUACAAAAUGAAUCAAAAGAAGUGUUAAUAAAUGAGGAAGAAUUUACUUGCCAAUGUUUAACAGGGACUCAAAAUGAAGGGCAACUAUGUCAGUUCCGUCUGCCACGAAACAUCUUUAGGAUAUUUUUCAAUGAAAAAGAUCAAGAAGAUGGCAGAUGUGAGAGCCAUUUCAGUGGCGGAGCCAGUAGCAAUUCAAAAGGCACCAUUGCUGAAGCUCUUGCUGGUAGCUCCUUCCUGAUCAGUGGUGGCAUUGAACUAUGCAUCACUGUAGUAGGUGUGUUCUGUUACAGGCACCCGACUCAUAAAACUGGUGACUCAGAUAAUGACCACAAAUCAAAUCUCAUUUGGUCAAUUCUUGGGUUUGACAAAGCAAAAGAAUAUUGUGAAGUAGUGUUGGAUCAUUCACCCUGUUUAAAAUUUGAUAUGUCUAUGAAAGAACAACAUAAAACCCAACAAUGGGAAGAUUUCAUACAAGGCAGAGCCGUUGGGAAAAUGUAUAGAUUUACUGGGCUAAUGAUAGUAAACAAAGUUCUGCAUAAAAAGUCUUCAGGAUUGUGGACUUUACUGCAUGUGAGGAAAACGCCUUCAUUCUGUAAACUAUUUUGUAAAACGAAUGGCCAGACACCAGAAUUAACUAUAAGGUUUGAGACUGAUGCUAAUACAAAUGACAAUGGAAGUUUGAAUAUUAGUACAGAUACUACCAACAACCAGUCAAUACUAUACACUUUUUCACCUUUAUCUGAGGAGUGGAGCUGUACUUCCAUGGAAACAGAAACAAUAAGCCUUCUUGUGGAUAGCUUUCAGUAUAUUACUGACAUCCUAAGAAAAGUGACUGAGGAUAUGCAAGAAAGGUGUUCUAUAAUAAUAAAGCUAAUUUAUGUACAUGAAAACCUGUUUUACUGCACAGAUACUUCACUCAAUAUAACUAAUUGUGCUGAAGAUCAUUCAUCAUAUGUGAUUAUUAAAGUUCUCUCAACAUGUGUGGUACCUCAAGAGGCUGUGAAAGGGAAUAUUACUGUACUCUGCCUUCUGAAUGUUCUCCUUUCUGAAGGUAAACUCAUUGCUGACAAAUACACUCGGAUUCUCACAGUGCCUGGAAAGGAUGCAGAUGCCCCUGUUUUUGGUCUACCAUUCAAAUUUCCAGAUGAUUUCUUGGAAAGUAUAGCUGCCCAAAAGACACUUAUAAAGAAUUUCAGCAAAAUGUCUAAAGUGCUGGAUCUGGUGAAAGUGUCAGGAUGUGUCAUUGGUGUUGAUGAGGAUACGGCAUUUUCAUGGCCAACAUGUGAAAUUUGCGGUAGUGAUUUUUUAUCUGAAAUAGAUGGUGGUGGCUUCUACUGUGAAAAAUGCAACCAAGAAACAGAAACAAUUACAGCUAUGUCACUUGAAGUUAACAUUUCUUGUGUGGAAGUAUCAGAAGAGUCAAAAGUUAAAAUAAAGCUCCUGCAGAAGUCGAUUGCAAAUUUACUGCCUCCUGAACCAAGUGGAAGUGAAGGGUAUGACGUCCUUUCGGUCCUGGGGAAAUACAUAGGCCCAAUCACAUGUUUGGUAGUUAAAGUAAAUGAAGUGCUUUCGGUCAAAAGCUACCAUCUUGAUGAAGUAUUAUUGUUUGAAAAUAUUUGAUUAGUAUUUUUGGUCGUUAUGAAGCUAAAUACUGAAGUGCUUCACUCCACCUAGAGCUAUAAGAACAUUUAGUGUUAGCCACUAGAAGAGUUAUUUAUUUUUGACUGUUACACUGCAUUUUUCAAGUUCGUAAUAUUACUUUGCUAAAGUUCAAAUGUUUUUUUAGCCUGGAAAGUACAAAUAAGCAUUGCAGAUGCUGUAAUAUGUAGACACUCCAUUGUUGGAGCUGUGCUGUUAAAUAUUGAUUUAUUUAUUAACUGUUGAUUUUUUGAAAAUAAUUAAGGUUUCAUUGUGUCUUUGAUUCAAUAAUUAUUUUGCUGCUACCUUGUGAAUGGCUACAUAAACAAAGGGAAUCAAAGGGUUUUAAAUAAGGUUCACUGUUGUGAUUGAAAUUUCCAAACACUCUUGAUAUAUUUGGGUAACAUUUUCCAUCACUUUCUUAAACUCCUUUACUUGAAAGCAGCCUUGAACAAUCACAGGCGAUUCUUUUGUUCAUCCUGUCUCAGUUGACUCAUGUUGCACUACAAACCAUAUUUAUAAAAUUUGUGUGUGGAGUACAUGUUAAAUUCUUUGCAUACCACUGGAGGAAAU